UUCGGUCGUACUUACCAUUAGGCAGUGUUUUUUUCUCUUAACAUGCCACUAUCGAAAAGCUGGCCUUAAAUAGUUAUAGAAAAGCCAAAAACUGUAGCGGGUACUAUGAAUCAAUUGCAUGUGAAUUUGAGCAUCCAGAGACGAGAAACGUACAAUAAUCUACCCACUGUUUCAGAUAGUAAUGUUAUAUGUAAAAUGUUGGAGACAUUUAAACUAUCGGGCUCACCACGUGUUCUGUUACUUCACCUAAGGUCACCAUUACAAGAUUUCGAUACAGAAAAUCUAUAGGACUUGCGCCGAUAUUUGAUUCGGCUAGAUAUUAA